GGCAUGAUUUUUAUAUGUUGACAAGUAACUUUUGUGGAUACAUACAAAAUUUAUGCACCUUGGAGGUCUGUUGGUCCCCGGACUUCGGCCAGCGUCACGACCGCCAACGCCAACCACGUCAACGAGGCUAAGCGUCGACUCUCUCUCUCGCUUCCAUCUCUCCUCCAUCUCAACCUUGUGCAGCCACAGCUUUUUUUCGCGACUGCAUCUUGUCACUUGUGUCAUCAUAAUCCAUUUGUUCGCCGCUCAUUUCAGUUGCUAUUAUUACUGAUUGCUUUUUCGCUGCUCUGCAUCCGCCCGUCCACCUCCUAUCGAUGGUGUUCUGAGCCUAUCAGUCACCCCUCCUGCCCCCUCCCCAACGAACGAUCGGAAUAGCCUCGCUUUCGACCAGCUAUCUGUCUUGCCCUUGUCAGCGUAACGGAUGGCGGGCUGAACGGCGCUGCAUGACCAGCGAGCCCUUCCUGCCUUGCUUCCCCAAGCAAUUAACAUAUGGCCAGGCAAAGGCCCAACUUUCACCGCCAGGACCCUCUUGAGGACUCUCGCCGACUAUCCUCCUCUGCUGGUGCCUCCGCUACUGCCACCAGAAUUACUCGCUCGGCCGCGAGACUAGCUGCAGACUCCCCUCCGUCCGUCGGUUCCGCCCCUUCUCCGUCAGCCCCCGCCGCUGGUUCGGCUCCAACACGCAAGCGAAAAGCCCCCGCACGCCCCGACCGAUCACCAGACUCCUCAGAGCAGCCGAACAAUCAAUCCCCCCAUCGGAGGUCUAAGCGACAGCGGCGUGCUGCUUCGCCCAAAGCGACCACCGUCCCUGCCGCUUCUCGCCGUGGUGCCCGAAGCCGUCCAGCUAUGUCCCACCCCGGCCCAUCGUCACAUCCCGACGAGGAGUCCUCGCGAAAAUCAGCCUCGCCCCCGCAGCAGAGAAGAAAGUCUACUCGUCAUGGAAAGGUGUCACAAGACCGGUCUUUGACUACCCAGUCACCACCUCCUCACCGCCAGAAGAAGCGUUCUUCGAGAGCCCGUCCUGAUGUUGUCAUGAAGGAAGCGGAUGAGGAAUCUGAGCUGCGUGAGAGGGGCGAGGACCGCGAGCCUUCGCCACAUAGCGACAGCCAUGAUGGCACGAAUCCUUCAGGCCUUGAUGAUGACGAUGAUGAGGAGGAUGAUGGUGAUCUUUUCCAUAACAGUCUGUUUGGAUCACGGAGCGCCCUCGGGCUUCAGAGCACCCUUCGUGCCCUCAGUGGUAUGAUGUCGGGCAUGUCAUCCCGUCUGCGAGAUAUUUUGCAAAAUCUGAAAAUGAAGGAUGAUCCGUCUAUCCAACUGAUCGCUCUUCAGGAGCUCUCGGACCUGUUACUUGUAUCGAACGAAGACAACCUAUCUGGCCAGUUUUCGCCCGACCCCUACGUAAAGGAGCUGGUGUCUCUUAUGCAGCCAAAUGACUUCGGGGAAGAAAACCCAGAGAUUAUGCUCCUUGCUUGCCGCUGUUUGGCCAACCUGAUGGAAGCUUUACGUGGCUCAGUGGCUAAUGUUGUGUACGGGGGCGCUGUACCAAUUCUGUGCCAGAAGCUGUUGGAUAUUCAAUUCAUUGACUUAGCUGAGCAGGCUCUCAGUACUCUUGCGAAGAUCUCAGUUGAUUUCCCCGCGUCUAUUGUCCGAGAAGGUGGUUUGACGGCGUGUUUGACCUACCUCGACUUCUUCCCCACAAGUACCCAGAGAACCGCAGUGACAACGGCUGCCAAUUGUUGCCGAAACUUGCCUCAUGAUUCGUUUCCAGUCGUCCGGGAUGUCAUGCCCACGCUUCUCAAUGUUCUCUCCAGCAACGACCCGAAGGUAGUCGAGCAGGGUUGCCUCUGUGUUUCUCGAAUCGUGGAAAGUUUCAAGCACAAGCCGGAGAAACUAGAGGAGCUGAUUAGCCCCGCAAUGCUCAGGGCUGUCCUUCGUUUGCUCCUACCUGGCACCACCAAUCUUAUCGGACCCCACAUUCAUACACAAUUCCUCCGUGUCUUGGCCCUUACAUCGAAAGCAAGCCCACGAUUGUCAGUCGAGCUUCUCAAAACAGAUGUGGUCGACACACUCUAUCAAAUUUUAACCGGCGUGUCGCCACCAGACAAUCUUGAGGACCAAGCUGUCAAGAUGGAUAGUGUCCUUGUGAUGCAAGCUUUGAUUCAUCGACCAAAAGAACAGGUCUCGGAAACACUGAAUGUGAUUUGCGAGCUUCUACCAGGCGUGUCUAGUCGUCACGACUCUGAAGGUGCCCCUGCUCUAACGCCGUACCCCGAACUUCAUACGACAUCGGACUUCAAGCCACCUCUACCGAAAGGAUCAGCCGAGAAACGACGGUCUCUUUUGAUGGAGUGCAAAACAGAGCUGCGACGGUUUGCCUUGGUUUUGCUGCCAACCCUAACCGAUGCCUAUUCUAGCACCGUCAACCUUGAGGUUCGCCAGAAAGUUCUGAUUGCACAGCUCAAAAUGUUGCAAAACUUAGAUGCAGGGUUGAUUGAGGAAGCUCUCCGGUCCGUUCACUACGCGUCAUUCCUGGCAGCUAUUCUGUCCCAAAAGGACCACCCUUCUCUGGUUUCAUACGCCCUUCGCUGCGCAGAACUACUCUUCCAACGCUUGGAGCAUGUUUACCAACACCAAUUUCAUCGCGAGGGGGUGAUUUCUGAAAUCAUGAAAAUUGCUGAGGAGCAACUGUCAAGUGAGAAGCAAGCCAAGACCGCUCGUGACUCUCCUGCCGCCUCGGUCAUGGAUACCUCAGAGGAUCGUCCAGCGGCGGAUGCUGCCGUUCCCCCUACCUCCAGUUACCCCGAGAACGCAGAAGAUGAGGAUAGUCAAGAUGAAGAGGAGAAUGACGGUCAUGACGAUGAGGCUGAUGACUCUGAGGACAACGAAGACGACCAAGACGAUGAUAACGACGACGACAUCUCUGACUCGGAGACCUCUUCUUCCUCCGGGCAAGGAUACUCGACCAGGGUGCAAGAUGGAAAUGACCGCGUGAUCCGCGAUGCACGUACCUUCAUGGAGAGUUAUGAAGCGAGUCAAGGUGGAGCAAUGCGAGACAAAGCCUUGGAAAUCCUGCACCAGCUUCAAGCCCUCGUUACUGAUAUUGAAACUUGUUAUUCGGGAUUUGGUCACCGAAAUGGGGAUGGGCUUGCCCUCUUCCGCAAAUUGGCGGCCUAUUUUGAAGGAGAUGCGCUGGAAAGUAUCACUAGCUCUGAGCUUCUCAACUCUGGCAUUGUUGAUACGUUGCUCGGCUUGUUCGACGAUUCCAAAGCAGCAUCCAUGCGAGAAGCUCGCAGCGCUUUUCUUCAGGCAUUCAUGGGUUCAACCAUAUCGGAAAGAGCUCUAAGCCAGAGUACGGCGACAACCCCCUUCGGUGUCCUAAUAAACAAACUCCAAGAUCUCUUGAGUCGAACGGAACAUUUUGAAGUCAUGACUGUGGGCCACAACUCCCUAGAGAACACGCGUAGCAACGCGGCCUACAUGCUCGGGAAGCAGCUUCGCCUCAAGCUUGCCGCCGACGAGAAUUCUGAUAUUCCCCGGUCAUACCGAAAUAUCAUGGUCUCUAUCCACGCCAUUGCGACUUUCAAAUCCUUGGAUGACUUCCUCCACCCCAGGAUUAGUUUGUCAGACCGUCCCAAGGCCUCCCGCAGCCGAGACGCCAUUCUUUCUAAGAUUGCAAAUGCGGCCCGCCUCCGUGACCAGCUAGGUGAGAACAACAAUUCGAAUUCCAGCGGGCUUCCUCCCCUGUCACGGCCGUCGGGUAGUACUAGAAGCGGAAAUGCCGGGAGGGGUAACGCUACAGAGUCAUUGAACGGCAGACCGGAUACAGGCUCUCAAUCUAGACGUCCCGGACAACAUCCAGAUUCUGAUAAUGACCAUGAGGACGCGCCGCUGGAGUGCGCUGAUGAGCACCAUCUGAGUGAGGAUGAAAAUGACGAUGACGAUGGAGGAGAUGAUGAAGAGCUCAAUGCCAUUGUCGACGAUCUCGAUGACGACAUGUCGGAUGAGAAUGUCCAUGACCCCUCUGCCGUGAAUAUGGAAGUAGCCUCUUCAGGGAAAGUGACCGCACGGAAAGAGGACGGCACUCGAGUAUCAACUCCAUCGCAAUCCACACCCGUGUCUAAGUCUUCAUCAGGGUCCCGAUCGUCGCAUGGCGCGGCCGGUGGUUCUCUAGCAAUGGCAGGUCGUCCAUUCUCGUACGCUGCUGUCAUGGCAUCUCCGCCAUCAGACUGGCAUAUAGAGUUCAGCAUCGACGGCCAACCGAUCUCUAGUGACACAACUAUUUACCGUGCUGUUCAUCAUAACCGGCAACAUCUCGACCCUCAAGGGAAGAACGUCUGGUCUGCAAUUCACACCGUGAAUUUCAGACGAGUGCCAGGCCCGCCGCCAGCGGAACCAUCUACCCUUACCUCCACUGGAUCCGGGGGCAGUUGUCAAAAUGGCAACCUCGGAAUGCCGUCUUCUCUCAAUCAGGAUCCGACCAACGCGUCCAUCUUGCGACUUCUUCGAGUGUUACAUGAUAUGAAUACGACCCUUGAUGAUAUACUGGCGGAGACCAAAGAUCUCAUUGCCGUCAAGCCCGAAUCCCUGGCCCAGUUUAUCAAUACCAAGCUUACGGCCAAGCUUAACAGGCAACUUGAAGAGCCUCUCAUUGUUGCUAGCAGCUGUCUUCCCGACUGGAGCGAAGAUCUCGCCCGCUGCUUCCCCUUCUUGUUCCCCUUCGAAACACGACACUUGUUCCUUCAGUCCACGGCCUUUGGCUAUUCGCGAGCAAUGAUGCGUUGGAAUAACCCUCAAAACGGGGAUGAUGGACGUAAUGAUCAUCGACGUGAUGACCGGCCGAUUUUGGGCCGUCUACAACGACAGAAAGUCCGAAUUUCAAGAAGCCGUAUCCUCGAGUCGGCUAUGAAGGUCAUGGAACUUUAUGGCUCCUCUCCUAGCGUGCUCGAGGUUGAAUACUUUGAAGAAGUUGGAACUGGCCUUGGCCCAACUCUUGAAUUCUACUCGACAGUUUCCAAGGAGUUUUCCAAGAAGAAGCUGAAGAUGUGGCGAGAGAACGAUUGCGCUGGUGCGGGUGAAUUUGCGUUUGGAAACAGUGGUCUAUUCCCCGCCCCGAUGAGCGAGGCCCAACUAUCGACGGAAUCUGGAAAGAAGCAACUGUCUCUAUUCAAAACUUUGGGUAAAUUCGUUGCUCGAUCGAUGUUGGAUUCCAGGAUUAUUGAUAUCUCCUUCAACCCCGCUUUCUUCCGUAUCGCCGAUACCUCCUCGACUGUAGCACCCUCACUCGGCACUGUCAAGGCUGUUGACCAUGAUCUUGCAAAGUCUUUGCUGAUGCUGAAACGCUUUGCGAACGCCAAGAAGGCCAUUGAACAAAGAGGCCUAUCCAAAGCUCAGAAGACGCAGGCCUUGACGGAGGUUGAAGUGGACGGUGUACGGGUUGAGGAUUUGAGCCUGGACUUCACCCUUCCCGGUUAUCCUGCCAUUGAACUCAUCAAGAACGGCUCUGAUACUGCGGUCACAAUGGACAACAUCGAUCUAUAUGUCGACAGAGUUGUGGAUAUGACCUUGGGAAGUGGCGUUCAGGCCCAAGUGGAAGCUUUCAGGACCGGAUUUUCGCAAGUCUUCCCUUACUCCGCUCUACAGACUUUCACCCCUAGCGAGCUGGUGAUGCUGUUCGGAAGAGCUGAAGAAGACUGGACGAUCGAAACCCUGAUGGACUCGAUCAAAGCCGACCACGGCUUUAAUAUGGACAGCCGCAGCGUACGGAACCUGCUCCAGACAAUGAGCGAAUUGGACACGCAGCAACGGCGGGACUUCCUUCAGUUUGUUACAGGAAGCCCCAAAUUGCCCAUUGGAGGAGAGAUUCUUUUGUAACACAAUAUGCGCUCCCACUAACAUCUAUUGCAGGCUUCAAGAGUCUCACGCCAAUAUUUACUGUCGUCUGUCGCCCAAGCGAACCCCCUUACACACCCGAUGAUUACCUCCCGAGUGUGAUGACUUGUGUAAACUAUUUGAAGCUUCCCGACUACAGCACCCUGGACGUCCUUCGCGAGCGACUAGCUAUUGCCAUCAAAGAAGGACAAGGUGCUUUCCAUCUUUCCUGAGCUGCGCUAUUGGUAUUCGGCGCAAGCCACCCUCGUUGUCCUGUGUUCGAAUGUUCGAAAGAUUGAAGAAGGCAUUUGAGGCAGAAAAAAAAAAGCGAAAUCAAUUUGAGCGGUGACACAUUGCGAUGAAGGAACUGAAGACCCGGAACAGUCGGGGACGAAUGUUAUACUAGCUAUUCUUCUUUUAUUCUUGAAUACCGGGAAAUUAUCACGAGAGCAUGGGUGAAUUUUUUUUUUUGUGUGGCGGGUUUAUUUGCAUUCGGGUGCCGUGUCUUCUCCUUUCGUUCCCUUCACUGCCUCACUGUCUGAGUCUUCAGCUUGGGAAGGAGUCCAAAAAGGGGUUCCUCAUAGUAUUUUAGAUAGAAAUCACUGAUUUUAGCUGUGUCGGUGAGUAUCCAUAAUCUAUUAAGUCUAUAUCUAUAUCGAAUGAUUUUACGCGCCAGGCCAGCAGAUGCAAGGGUAUCUCUCUAAUCCAAGAAUGCGAGCCCUAAUUUCGGUACACAGGCACCAUCUUCUAUACAAGCGUUAGCUCAAUGAGUCAUAUAUGGACUUGAAAGAUAGGGAAAGGGGAAACAAACCUCCGCAAACUUCGGCUCAACAAACAACGCCCUCGCCUCCGCAACCAUAACAUCCCCACCCUCCCCCUUUGCAUCCGCACCAUCCGCCAACAUCGUCAUCGUUCCCUCAACCCACGCCUUCCUCCCCUCAACCUUGACAACCUCCGCGCGCAGCACAUAAACCCUGUCUGGCAGCGCAGGCUUCCGAAAAUCCACAUUCAGAUUCGCCGUCAUUCCCGUCCCGCUGCGGAACGCCUGCGACACCGUAUGCGCAAAGACCUCGUCGAACAUGACCGAUAGGAAGCCGCCGUGUACGAAGCCAGGGUGGCCGCACAUGUGCGUGCCUGUGUGGAAGAGGGUUGUGGCGUGGGGGUAGUGGGAAGAGGAGGAGGUGGUGGUGGUGGAUUCGGGUUGGGAUGUUGAGGGGGAGGUGUCGCGCUGCGAGAUGAACAUAUACGGCGCACUGGUGAGUUUCUUUUCCCCCGCUAGCGUUCCCGCGACGAAGUGCGCUGGGCGCAGAUGUUGUGGCAUGGAGAGGUGCGGGCGGGUUUCUUUCAGUGUUGGAUCUGCGCGAAGGGAGUGCAGAAGCGGGUGUGUUGAGAUUGGGUCUUCAAUCACAGUGGUCUUUGGUUGUUGAGUUUGGUUUUGGAGUUGUGAUUUGUGGGUUGGCGAUGGCUUUGGCUUGGUGUGCGCAUGUUGGAAGCUGUGGUGGUGGUGGUGGUGAGGGGGAGGGGGAGGGGGUUGGUUGAGUGUUGAAGCCGUAGCUUGUGUUUGAGCGGUACGGAUUGUGGUUCGGCUUAGGUUGAGUGUCGCCGUUGAUGGCGAUUGCGUGCGCAGGAGGCGCGAGAGGGAUCGAGGGAGGGAGGACAUCUCGUAGGGUUGGGUGCUGCCCUAGGUUGUUCAAGUUGUAUAGAGACGAACGGAGGAGCUCUGCCGAUGGUUGUAUCUAAAAGCUCGGUAAAAAAAAAAGUUUCACUCUAUAGCUCGAGAUAACCGGCGUGAACAAUAGCAGAGUAUAUUCAAAAUAUGCAAAUCAAAUAAAAAGCUUUGACGCUGGCAGAAACACAAG